AAAGUUUAUUUACAUCGACGGUAAUUACUUCAAGACCUAUUUUAAUUAUCCUUUUAACUGCAAAUUCCUCCAAAAUGGAGGCUUAUUUCGCUUAUAUUAUUUUAGUAGCAUCACUAAUUUAUGUACUAGUUACAAAAAUUAUUCCAAAAAUUAUUGGAUAUUUACUGAUGAAACUUACAAACAUCAAGAUUAAUUUUGGCAGUAUAUCAUUUUCGAAAGCACGUAACAUUCAAAUUAUCUAUAAAGGUUUUGAAGUACAGGUCGAGGAAAUAGCAUUGAAAAGUAAUUUUCUGAACUCAGAGAUUUCUAAUCCUAUACAAAUAUUUAUACGGGAUGUUCGGAUCAAUAAGAACAUUGAAUUUACUGACGAGAGCUCUAGUAAGGAUGUCAAAAAGAAUCAAAAGAUACAUGAACCGAUUAAACAAAUUCCAUCAAUUAUCGUGACCUUAGUUCAAUUCUGUGGAUUCAACGUAUCAAAUAUAUCGUUAAUAUUUCACAAUGAAGACGGCUGGUGGCUACAUGCGUCAACAGAGAAAAUUGACUUGGAUGGAUGUUUCGUACACAGAACCCAUAGUUUAAUGUUUGCCGUUAAUCUCAAGGAAGUGCAUAUGAAAAUGUUGAAGCACAAGCACUCUUCAAAAACGGUUCAGCCUUGUUUAGCUGAAUUAUCGUUUGGAAUCAAUGUCGAUGGAACAUUUGACUCGAGCAAGAACCUGUCGUUUGAUAAACUACAAUUAUCACUUGACGCGCCAACAUUGAAGCUUUUUAGUGGAUUUUAUGAGUUUGUGCAAGACUGGAAAAUGAAGAAAGCAAAGUUUUCGCAACAUCAAUUAGUCAAGAAUGUGCCGGCUGAAGCUCCUGUCGAGUCUGAAUUGUACGAGACGAUAAAGCGGUUUGCUCCACUCAUACCAAAAAACUUAACGGUUGAUAUUCAGCAUACGUCGCUCACAAUAUUACGUGAGAUUGAAUACAUGAGUAGUUAUGAAUAUCGAGCGUCCAUAAAAGAAAUAACUCUUAAUUGGAAAUUAAAUUUCGCACAAGAUAUUUUUAAAAUAUCAUCAACUUACAUAAACUGGACGUUAAACGAAUUAGUAAUAAGUACAAUGAAUGAUGAUGGAAAAGUAACUUUGGACCAGCACACAAUUAACUUUCAACUUAACAAGGAAGUUGUUACGCUAUACACAAAGUUGAAAUCAUUUAAAUUGACAUACAAUCAUUGCAACAUAAUCGAUUGGAUAACGAAAAAUAUAACGAAUCCUGAGAAAGAUAAAUAUAAGAUUUUAGUUCCACCUAAAGUUAAGCCUGCAAAAGAAAGUAAAUUUUCAAUAAAAGAUGUUGAGAAAUUGAUUGGAAAAUGUUCAUUUAAGAACACUGCUGAGUUGUGGGAUGUGUCUACAAUAUGUAAAUUAUCAAACAAUCAAGUAUCAAGCAUAAAUCUAGCCCACACUAAUUUGUCACUUAAACAGUCGGAUGAUCAGAAACGUAGUUGGAGUGUUGAAUUAAUAAUUGAGUCUUUAUGCUUCUAUCUUGAUUCAGAUUUGAAGAAUAUUAGUGGAAGUAACUUGAAAAAGACUCAUGUUCGUGGCAGUGCAUUUUAUAUAGGAUUUUUAUUAAGCACAUUUUCCGAUUAUGGACCAUGCAAGAAGAUUGAGCUAACAGCACACACAAUUCGCACUGAAUACAGUAAAGCACUAUCAGCAUUUUUAAUGGAAGCUGUAAAAUGUAUAAAACAAUAUACAGCAUUAAAAAGUAAAGAAGCUAUAUGCAGUAAUCAUAAUCAAUUACCCAAAAAACAGAGCAUGAAUUUCAAGCAGAUUUUUGGAAAUACUUUCAUUACCAAUAUUAAAGUCACAGAUGUAACAACGUUCUUUAUUAAUCAAUAUGAUAUGUGUACGUUCCUUAAUCUACCUGAAACUACAAUCAAUUUCCAGCCUGAUAAGAAAAUUCUUGAGUUAAGUCGAUUACAAAUUUCAUUUGUCGAUUUCUCAAAAAAUACUUCAAUUAAUAAUUUAUCUGAACAUGCCAAAAUCUUUAUCUCAACGAAAAUGGUUCGAUUUGAGCACUCAAUUGAGGAAAAUAUUAUCUUUAUUUAUUUUGUCCAUAAUAUUGAGGCUUCAUGGAAUCCAAAUUGUCACAUGCAUUUGUUCACAUUAAAGGAAGAGAUUCAAGAGCUCAAGAACAAUUUAACUACAGCUUUAGAUAUUCAAAAAACUACUCCAGUAGCUCCAAAGAAAUUAAAUCUACCGAAAAUCGAGUUAUUCAUCAAAGAAGACUUUACAUUCCAAGUAAAGAUGUCAACAAGGCAUUCAAUGAGUGGCCAAAUUGCUAAUAUUUAUUUAACGACCAAAAAAGGAACUCAAUUCUCAUUUAAGAAUGUCCAAAUUGCUAUAGAUUCAAUUAAAAUGUUUGAAUUUGAUGACAUUCUAGUGACUGCCUUAGACGAACUUAAAGUCUUGACUGAGGAACGUAAGAAUUAUGAGCAUUUUAAGUUACCAAGUAAUAAAGUAUGGAUGAUAAAAAUUGGAGUCUUUAAAGGAAUCUUUCCAUACGAUCAUGACUUCUCUAGUGCUAUAAAGGAUGAAUUUGUAAGCAUUUAUAAAUGGCUCAAAGAUUUACAUAAAUAUAAAAAGUCUGCCUUUACUGAACAUUCUCCACUUCCGCGUGAUUUAGUUAUUCAAAUUAAUGAAUUUUUGCUAGAAAUGAGCGAUGAUCCAUUUGAGGUGAAGUUACGUGAUAAUUAUGUGCUCUUGCUGGAUGAAUAUACAGAAAGUUUAAAGCGCAAAAAGACUCUCGACCAAAAAAUUAAUGAAUUAAGAUCACAGAGAUUAUUGCUCCCAUCUGGUUAUGUAGAGGAGCUUAAUGCUAAAUUAAUUACUAAGAAUUCAGAGAUUUAUAUCGAUCGUUCGAAAAAAAUGUACGAGACUCCACCACGAACUCGACUAUUCGCAUGGAUUAUGACUCGUCUAGAGCUUUUCUUUAUGGCUGAUCCAUCAAUUCAUGGCUAUGAUAAUGUUACACAAAAUAUGCAGAAUAUUGAUGAAGAAUCACCUUGGCCUGAAGAACACAUUGAAUUUGUAACUUUAUGGUGUCGAGCUAUCAAUUGGGCUUGUCAGGACUGGCAAUUUUUAUUACGCGAUUACCCCCAGCCGAUGUUUCAUGUUACAAAUGCACACAUGUUUGGUCUUCUUUGCGGUGCCGAACAAUUAGCCCCAAAAAGAGCGCGACGUGAUGUAAUUGUGGAAAUUGGUGAGCCAUUUGAAAAUUAUACAAUCCAAAGAGGAAUGACUUCUCUUAAAUUUUACCAUGAUUUCGACUGGGAACUUGACUAUUUGUGCUACGCAUUUGGACCAUGUUGGGAGCCAGUUAUAGCUCAAUGUAAUUUAAGUAUUGAAAAGAUUAUAGCACCGUCAAAGGAUCCAAGUAUGCCGUUACCAUUUUGGGAUAAAAUGAGGCUCUUAUUUCAUGGAAGUUUGACAGUUAUCGCUAAACAAUACACAAUUCUACUUCAUGCCUCAUUAGAUCCUUACAAUACGACAGAAGAGAUGGAAUUGACAUGGCAUAAUUGUGGAAUUGUAUGGACUAAUGCGAAAUUCAUGUUUAAAGGAGAUCUUCAAAUUUGGGUACGAACUGCAUCACGUUAUGAUGAUUGUCGAUUAAUUCACAUGCCAAGUUUGAAAUUAACAUUCAAACUUAAUUGGAUAUGCAAUGGAAAUCCAAAUGAUCAUCAUGCAGUCGUUCCUUGUGCACCAGAUAAACUUCCUGAAUAUUCAAGUAAUCAAGUUCAUGACUCUUAUAGAGCAUUUCGCUCACAAAACGUAAACAUAUCUAUUACCUUUGAGACCAAAUACAGUCAAAAUGGAGAAUUACCAAAAUUAGAUUUAUAUGGAAGUACUUUGAGGUGGUUUGAAAGCCUAAAAUUGAUUCUAUCGGGUGUCACUAGACCAACAAGACGUGGACCAGUUUUUAAUAAUGUUCGUCCACCAAAGAAGCCUUUAAGUAGACAUUACAAGAAAGCACAUCUUUCAUUAAGCUUUCAUUCUUUCCAAGUUAGCUACUGGAUGUCGCAUGCUUUACAUCGUGGAUUUCAAUUAAAUGGUGGACGAGUUUCAUAUUCUAGUGAGCAUACAUUAGCAUUAAAUCCUAUUGAUGAUGGACUAAUUCAUAGACCAAGAGCUGAAUGGUCAAUACUUUAUAUGAAUUGUGAACUUAAUGAUGCUGAAAUCUGGCUAAGAUCAGUUGAGAAUAAUAGUGAAAAGAAUGAUUCAAGUUCUGAAAGUAUAUCCAAUAUGUCACGUGAUAUUUGUAGAGAUUACUUCCUUAGUGUAGCUAAAGUCUCGUAUGGAAGGGAAGCAAAAGCAAUGAUGAAUCUUGAUGAUAAGAGACAAAAAGAGACUCCAACACAUAAGCUUGUCGUGUACGAUUUAAAAGGUGCGUGGACAAAAAAUAACCGUGACAUUGCAUUCGGCUUAUUUGAUUCAUUUUGGAAGUCACAAAAAUUAAAGGCAAAUUUGUCAACGGAAGCUCUUAAAGGAAUUAUUAAAGACAUUAAUAAAUCACAAUCGUCAGAAACGACAGCCGCAUCUAAAAAUACAUUGACACGAAAUAAGCCACAACAACAGACAUCUCAUUCAAUUUCAAUGCUGCAAAAACUCGUGUCUGAAACUGAUCAUAAGUUUGUGGUUUUUAGUGAUGACUUGUCAACAGAACAAUCUACUGAACAGCAAUUAAAGGGACUUAAGGCAUGUCAAGAUAAUGACGUGAUGCAUCAUAAUUGGUUUAUUUCCUUGGUCAAUUCGCAAGUAUUGCUGAAAGGCUGUGAAACAUCUGGCUAUGUAAUUUUAAGUGCUGCAAAGGCUGAAAUUUUACAACGCGUUCAUCGUCCCGUUUGGCGUGAUAGUGCCGUUGUGUCUAAAACAACUUGGGUUGGAUCACUUGAGUGCAUGCAAUAUUAUGCGACUGUUAAUGAUGAAGACACGACAGAAAUGACGAAAAUUAUGUGGCUAACACUUGAUAAUAUUAUUCAAGAGAAUGAGAAAGCAGCAUCAGACAUGCCACAUAAUUUAGCUAAUUUAGCUAGUGGACAAAGUGUUGGUGGUGUUGUAUCUGUUGGCAGUUCCAAUGAUAGAUCAGAAUCAGGCAGUAAAGUAACAACACCAAAUCAACUUCAGAGAAUUGUUUCACGUUGUAAAUGUGAAUUUUUCUAUGUUAGUUAUGGCGAAACAACAGUCGAUAACAUGACUGAAGUUCCGGCAUUACCACCGCCUGAAGAAACUUUAAGUCCAUGGGAGAAACAAAACGAACCAAUUGAUUCAUUUACAUUAAUGCAUCACGAUUUGAAUGUGCAAACAUCAUCGACACAAUAUUCCAUGAUCCUCGAUAUAAUUAAUAAUUUGUUGCUGUAUGUGGAUCCAAGUAGACGUGAACGACAUGAAAAUUUAAUGAAGAAACGUUUUGAACUCAAAUUUCAUAGUCUUGAAGAUCAAAAGCGCCCAAUUCAACAUCUUCAGACAGAAAUUCUCAGUUUAAUGUCACAUUUAAGACUCUUAGAGAAGGACAUACAUUUUCUAGCAAAGGCACGAGUCGAUGGUGAAGACACGGAGGAAUUGAGAAAUGAAUAUAAUGAAGUGCAAAGGCAAAUAAAAGAUUGUAAAGAAGAACUUUCAAAGAAGAGUGACGAACUAGAAAUAUUACUAAGUUGCUAUAAAGAAAGUCAGUUGAAUACAUCACGUACAACAGUCAUUAGUAAAGAUAAACCAAUUUCAAUCGUACGAUGCAAUGAGAUAUGCUUUAAACAUGCUCAGUGGCGUUUGACGGAGGAUGAUGGACAAAUUGGAAUAGCUGAUCUAAUUUUGAGUAAUUUCCUCUACACCAAAAAUUCAAAAAGUGAUGAAUCCAUUGAACAUUUACUUGAACUUGGCUACAUUAGAAUAAACAAUUUAAUUCCAACGGAUUCAAACAAGGUUAUAUUGUGUCCAACUGAAAUUCAACGUGAUAUGCCCAUUGAUCAUAAGCGCGUACUACGUGUAUUUUGUCGAGAGAAACCUCCCGUUGGAGGUAUAUCAGUCAAAGAGCACUUUGAAGUCAAUGUUGUUCCAAUAACAAUUGCAAUUAGUAAGAAAUUUUAUACUACAAUGCUUAAGUUCUGCUUUCCUGAUCGUGACACGACUGCUUAUGUUGAGGAAAUUGAUGGAAAGCCUUCAAAGAAGUCCAAAUCAAAGAAACAUGAAAAGAAGGAUUCAAGCUUUUAUGUCAAAAUUGAGAAAGACGAUGCUGAGAUUAUGCGUGAAAGGGCGAAACAAAACAAGCUAUUUAGCUACAUAAAAAUUCCACAAGUCAUUGUUCGCUUGAGCUAUAAAGGAAGUAAAGAGAAAAACUUGGAAGACAUCACGAAUGUUUGCUUGACAGUUCCUAAUCUUGAAUACCAUAAUGUCACGUGGACGUGGCUAGAUUUAUGGUUGGCAAUGAAAAAUGACAGUCGAAAGGUCUUAUUAUCACAGGUAAUAAGUCAAAAGCUGAAGAUGAAGUCACCGUUAUCGUUGAUCGAAGAGAAACCUCAAGAUGAUGAUGAAAAAAUUCGUAUUAUUUUUGGACAUCGUCACAAUCAAGAUCCGAAGACGAGUACCAGCAAAACAAAACUUAAUAAAAGUUAAACAUUUUUUCAAUAGUAUUUCUAUUUGUUCUCAUCACAUGUACCAAGCUAUUCUAUUCUAUUUAACAAAAAAGGUUUACCAACAUUAGCAAAUGUCUAAUUAAAUUUAAAAUAAAGGAACAAGAAUAUAAUGUG